AUGCUGUCCUUCCAGUACCCCGACGUGUACCGCGAUGAGACGGCGGUGCAAGAUUACCAUGGACAUAAAAUCUGUGACCCUUACGUUUGGCUUGAGGACCCAGAUAGUGAGCAGACGAAGGCUUUUGUGGAGGCCCAGAACAAGAUUACUGUGCCUUUUCUCGAGCAGUGCCCAGUCCGAGGGUUGUACAGAGAGAGGAUGACGGAACUCUAUGACUAUCCCAAGUACAGCUGCCACUUCAAGAAAGGAAAACGGUAUUUUUAUUUUUACAAUACAGGUUUGCAGAACCAGCGAGUAUUAUACGUGCAGGAUUCCUUAGAGAGUGAGGCCAGAGUGUUCCUCGACCCCAACCUCCUGUCGGAUGAUGGCACAGUGGCUCUGCGAGGUUAUGCAUUCAGUGAAGAUGGUGAAUAUUUUGCCUACGGUCUGAGUGCCAGUGGCUCAGACUGGGUGACAAUCAAGUUCAUGAAAGUUGAUGGUGCCAAAGAACUUCCAGAUGUGCUUGAAAGAGUUAAGUUCAGCUGUAUGGCCUGGACCCACGAUGGGAAGGGAAUGUUCUACAAUUCUUACCCCCAACAGGAUGGAAAAAGUGAUGGCACAGAGACAUCCACCAAUCUCCACCAAAAGCUCUACUACCAUGUCUUGGGGACCGAUCAGGCAGAAGAUAUUUUGUGUGCUGAGUUUCCUGAUGAGCCUAAAUGGAUGGGUGGCGCUGAGCUAUCGGAUGAUGGUCGCUAUGUCCUGUUAUCCAUACGGGAGGGGUGUGACCCAGUGAACCGGCUCUGGUACUGCGAUCUCCAGCAGGAACCCAAUGGCAUCACUGGAAUCCUGAAGUGGGUAAAACUGAUCGACAACUUUGAAGGAGAGUAUGACUACGUCACCAACGAAGGGACAGUGUUCACGUUCAAGACCAAUCGCCAUUCUCCCAACUACCGCCUGAUCAACAUCGACUUCAUGGAUGCCGAUGAGUCUAAGUGGAAAGUGCUUGUUCCUGAGCACGAGAAAGAUGUCUUAGAGUGGGUGGCUUGUGUCAGGUCCAACUUCCUGGUCUUGUGCUACCUCCACGACGUGAAGAACAUCCUGCAGCUCCACGACCUGACCACCGGUGCUCUCCUCAAGCCCUUCCCUCUUGAGGUCGGCAGCGUCGUGGGCUACAGCGGCCAGAAGAAGGACACCGAGAUCUUCUACCAGUUCACUUCCUUCUUAUCUCCAGGUAUCAUUUAUCACUGUGAUCUUACCAAAGAGGAGCUGGAGCCCAGAGUCUUCCGAGAGGUGACGGUAAAAGGAAUCGAUGCUUCCGAAUACCAGACCGUUCAGGUUUUCUACCCUAGCAAGGAUGGUACAAAGAUUCCCAUGUUCAUUGUACAUAAAAAGGGCAUAAAAUUGGAUGGCUCUCAUCCUGCCUUCUUAUAUGGCUAUGGUGGCUUCAACAUUUCUAUCACACCCAAUUACAGUGUGUCCAGGCUUAUUUUCGUGAGGCACAUGGGUGGCGUCCUUGCAGUGGCCAACAUCAGAGGCGGCGGCGAAUACGGAGAGACGUGGCAUAAAGGUGGUAUCUUGGCCAACAAACAGAACUGCUUCGAUGACUUCCAGUGUGCCGCGGAGUAUCUGGUUAAGGAAGGUUACACGUCUCCCAAGAGGCUGACUAUCAAUGGAGGGUCAAAUGGAGGCCUCCUAGUGGCUGCUUGUGCAAAUCAGCGUCCUGACCUCUUUGGAUGUGUUAUUGCCCAAGUUGGAGUGAUGGACAUGCUGAAGUUCCAUAAAUACACCAUCGGGCAUGCCUGGACCACCGAUUAUGGGUGCUCAGAGAACAAGCAGCACUUCGAAUGGCUUAUCAAGUAUUCUCCGCUGCACAACGUGAGGUUACCCGAGGCAGAGGACGUUCAGUACCCAUCCAUGCUGCUCCUCACCGCCGACCACGAUGACCGGGUGGUCCCCCUCCACUCCCUGAAGUUCAUUGCCACCCUUCAGUACAUCGUGGGCCGCAGCCAGAAGCAAAGCAACCCCCUGCUCAUCCACGUGGACACCAAAGCGGGCCACGGGGCAGGGAAGCCCACGGCCAAAGUGAUAGAAGAAGUCUCAGAUAUGUUCGCAUUCAUAGCACGGUGCCUGAACAUUGACUGGAUUCAGUAAAUGGAAUUUCCCGCUCCCUCCUGACGGCCACAGAAAACCUCAAGGGCUUUUACACCAUUCAGACGGAGAAACCACUGGGCGUAUGGCUUCCCCCUGUGAACACUGUUCCUGCACACAGACUACAGUGGGACAGAACUGCCAUGGGAAUUUUAUCUUUUUCAGGCUUCUCCUUUUAAACAAGUCCUUGGUGUUUCUUUUUUCCACCCUAUCUGGGCACAUGUUUAAAAAAGCAAACAAAAGGCAUGUUUGGAUAAAUAGCUAAAUGGCAACAAACAACAGUGUGACUACAAGAUUGCUGAAUUAAGGGCCGUAGUCAGGCAUCCUUCGUAUUUAACAACUCAGUGAAAUUUGCUUCUAUAACCGUAACCUAUAUAUCUUUAAAUAAACGUGAGAACUCCUCUCAUGAAGAGA